UCUGUCAUUAUUUCUCUUUCAAAAAUCAAUUUUCAAUGGAAAGGGUUUGAGGAAAGAAAAGCCACGAAGCAUUGUCGUUUGAGGAAAUGAACAGUUCUGUUCAAAGUAAGAAUCAACGGAAACGAUGAGUGCUUCCAUCAUCCAUGACAAAACUGGCGUCACUCUUGCCCCCGAUGACAUCAACGAGAUCCAAAUGGCGUCAUCAACAUCACUAUCCUCCAUUACAUCCACAACGUCUGGCUACGACGAAAAGAAACCUAUAUUGAAAAAUAACGCAGACGGUGGUGCUUUGCGGAAACGUGCAAAGAAGGACGGUGCCAAUGGAGCGCAUACGACGUAUCAUGAUUUUAAUCGCAUGUCCCAGAUUUUCCCACGAAAUAUUGGUGAUGAGUUGAGGAGGACCUUAGGGCUUUGGGGCGGAGUGUUUGGACCUGUCGCUUUGGCACAAUGUAGUAAUUUAUUCUUACGCACGGGUUUAGUUGUUGGUCAGUCAGGCCUCCUCGAGUCCAUCGCACAGUUCAUCCUUGCCUACUUCAUCCUGGCCAUGACGAUCUUGUCUAUAUGUGCCAUUUCAACGAAUGGUGCUGUGGAAGGGGGAGGAGCGUAUUACAUGAUCAGCAGAGCGUUAGGGCCAGAAUUCGGAGGCAGUAUAGGAUUUCUGUUUUUCCUAGCCAACGUGCUAGCGUGUGGUCUGUACAUCGCAGGGUUUGUCGAGGGGGUCAUUGAUAAUUUUGGACCAGGAGGUAAUUUCAUCGGGGCGGAUCAACCAUAUCUACCAGCAGAGGGAGGAUGGUAUCCGUAUCUCUACCAGACUGUUGUUCUGCUGCUCUGCCUCAUUGUUUGUAUCAUUGGUGGGUCCAUGUUCGCUCGGACGUCUUUGGCCAUUCUCUUGAUUGUGGUGAUUUGCAUAUUGUCAGUUAUGGUCAGUAUGUUUGCGGUUGGUUCAUCGUGUGUCACCAUUCCCACAUCCAAUAAGGUCGCAUAUGCCCAGAGCGGCUUGAAUGAAACCACCAAUCUCACACUCUGUGGAAACUACACGGGUCUCAAACCACAGACUUUCGCUGAAAAUACUUUUGAAAAUUACACCAUUGACUACAGCCAGGGAGACAUCCAGGGAAAGCCACUGUCUUUUGUUGCUGUUUUUGCCAUCUUGUUUAGCAGCGUGACGGGAAUCAUGAACGGAGCGAACAUGUCUGGUGAACUUAAGGACCCGAGCAAGUCCAUCCCAGUCGGGACGAUGGCCGCAACAGCUUUUACAUUUGUGACAUACAUCUUGCUCACGAUCUUAACUGCUGGAAGUAGUUCAAGAUAUCUUUUGAUAAACGAUUAUGGCUUCUUACAACAGAUCAACCUCUGGCCGCCAUUUGUUGUGAUCGGAAUGUUUGCGACCACCCUCUCCGCUGCCCUGGGCAAUCUCAUUGGUGCUUCAAGAGUCUUAGAGGCCCUUGCGAGAGAUGAAUUAUUUUGGAUUCUUUUACGACCAGCCACCAUAUCCACCAAAGGAGGCAACCCUUACGUUGCUGUUCUGAUGACCUGGAUCCUUGUGCAGGCUGUCAUGCUCAUCGGGUCUUUGAAUGCCAUUGCUCCUCUUGUAUCGGUGUUCUUCCUGUUGUCCUACGCUGCUACCAAUCUCUCGUGUAUGGCACUCGAUGUGGCGUCUGCUCCGAAUUUCAGGCCGACCUUCAAGUACUUCUCCUGGCACACGUGUCUCUUGGGACUAAUCGGCUCCAUCGUCAUGACGUUCCUCAUCAACCCGAUAUUCGCCUCCGUAGCCAUCAUCAUCUGCCUCUUCCUCAUCAUCGUGCUACAUUUCCGAUCUCUGAACGUCUCGUGGGGUUCAAUCAGCCAGGCGCUCAUCUUCCACCAAGUGAGGAAGUAUCUUCUGCUUCUGGAUUCCAGGAAGGAACAUGUGAAAUACUGGCGCCCCCAGAUGUUGCUCCUGGUAUCAAAUCCGUUGUCCUGCGGCCCGUUGAUUACUUUCGUGAACGAUAUAAAGAAAUCAGGCUUGUAUAUUUUGGGACAUGUGAAAGUUGGUGAAAUUGAUAAGAUGGGGAAAGACCCAACUUUAGAAGAGUAUCCAAACUGGUUGCAACUUAUUGACAUCCUGAAAGUAAAGGCGUUCGUCGAGUUGACGGUUUCUAGCUCAGUCCGAUCCGGUAUUCAUCAUUUGAUUCGGAUUGCCGGUUUGGGCGGGAUGAAACCAAAUACGGUUUGUCUUGGGUUUCACGAUGCGACAACACCGCAGGAUGUCCUGUUCAAGGCAGCACCGAGAAAAAAGGGACUCUUCGUCAACGUCGAAGAUCCAACAGAUAUUCUGAAUCGGGACGGAUUUUCCCGGUUACGUGGUUUGGAGGAUAGGAAGCGACUAUCUGGACAGGAGUAUGUUCAAUGCAUACAGGAUGUCCUGAAGAUGCAGAAGAACUGCUGCCUAUUCAGACAUUUUCAAAAUUUUGAAAAAAAGGCGGUAGUCAACAGCAAGAGGAAAAUGUACAUUGAUGCAUGGCCGAUGAAUUUCUUCAAACCAGCCAGUGUGACAUAUUUUGACACAUCUUGCCUGUUCCUACUACAGAUCGCUUGUAUAUUGCACAUGGUUCCUGGCUGGAAACACAACACCACGCUACGUGUGUUUCUCUGCGUUGAUGCCCGCGAGGACGACACACUCAGCAUUGAGAACAAACUCGACAAACUUCUCCAGCAGCUGAGGAUUUUAGCAGAGGUGAAAAUAAUCCGCUGGGAACACGUCACAUGUCUCUUGGACGACAACUCCAUCGUAGAAUCAGAAACAGACUUUGGCAGUAAUCCUGACUUUGAUUAUCUCCCGGAAGAUUACGUUCAGGGCAUGAAUGAUUUGAUCAAAGAAAACAGCAUCGACACUGCGGUUACAUUUUGUUACCUCCCAGCACCACCUCUGAGUAAAAAUUUCUUCGAUCACUAUCUCCGUCAGUUGGAAAUACUGACAAGCGAUUUGCCUCCAACUGUUCUCGUGCAUGGCCUUCAUCCAGUUACAUCAACUACGUUAUAAUUCAGAUUUACCAUAGGGAUAGUUCAGUGUAAUUUGACUGUUGGAGCUGAAAUCACCCAACAGAGUUAGUGUUCUCCAACUUUUCAAAGUUUGACUUGGUGGGGCACCACACUGAAAGCUCACUGAAACAUCUAAAGAUGUAACCCUGAGAAUUAUAAAAGGCCCCCAGGCUAAUAAUUUGUACCAGAAAUCAGUAAUUAUAUAACUGUACAUCAGUAUUUGUAUCUUUAUAUCUGUUCUCCCAUGCACAGGUAAUUGUGCUUGACCCAAAUUGUUGGGGAAUUUAUAACAGGUAAUACUUUUUGUCAGAUGUAAACUGGUUUAGGGCCAGUGACAUGAAGUGGCAUGCAUUAGAUCAGGCGCCUGUGUAAUCCCUAUACUAGUUACCUUGUGGCAGAAGGUACACUGUAACCUUUGCAACUGUAAACAUUCCAGUAUGCUUUUCGUGAUGUGAAUGUUGACGUGUCCUCUUUGUGAAAAUGCGCUCCCAUGAAUACUAUAUUGAAGAUACAUGUACGCUGUAUGCCAUAUCGAUCCUCUACUUGGUAAAAAGUAAGAGAACUCUUACGGUUGGACGGAGUUCAAACCUCGUCCGUGUUUUGUCUCACCCAAAUUUAAUUUGAUUGUUUGUUCUACAUUCAUGUCAAUUGGUCUCAUGUAAUGAAGAUGUUUUAGAAUUAUUGCAAUAGCUUCUGUGCUAGAAUAUAUUUUGUAGUUGAAUGUACUAAGUCAUAUUUUUCCGUGUUUGUUUUGUCCUUGUUGUUGUGAAAGCAUUUUCAAAUCAUUAUCCUUGCAAUAUAUCGUGUGAGGUAUGAAUAAUUGGUUUUAUAGCCUUUAGGCUAUCUCCAGCCAGUGGUUUGGUCACAAGACUGUGAGCUGUAAAUUCAAGCCUCAGCUUGUCUGAAAAUGGUUUGUGGGUAUUUCUGUUGCAUGAAAUGCAGAAACGAAAUAUCCAUCCUCCAUGUAAUUUGUGGUAAAGCCCAGAUUAUUUGUGUAUUGUUACCGUAACCCAUUAGUUCAUACUUGUAUUGUGUUUUUCGGUUUGUGUACUAAAGUAUAUUACCCGACUAGUAAAAAUAAAAUUGCAUCCUCCUUCAAGGUGUGCAUGAAUGAUGCAUACAUUUACAUGUGCUAAUGGGUUUGUAUUGUAUAUCCGCUUUGUAUUCCGAAUUACGUAGAGGAGUGGUGAUAAGAAUAAAGACUAGCAAAUGCUUUUAUCUAAAACCCCAUGUACAUUUACACUUUCUGUAUGAAAUUGAAGUAAAAGCAUUUGCUAGUCUUAAGUCAUGUCACCCAUGGUUUCCCUGUCAAGACCAGCAUUUAUUGUAAUCCAUGUUGGGAGCUACUGACACUCUUAAAUGAUAGACAGGGCAAUAUAUUUUAAGUAGUAGUUGGCAUUUUGCUCUGUUAUAAUUUCCAGGACAGUUCACUAGAUAUGGCUUUGUCUUCACCCUUCACAAACUAUAAAAUCUUUACAAUGGUUUUAUUUUCACGAAUACACUAUCAUGUACAAACUUGAAAAGUGCCAACAUUUCAACUGAAAAUUUCAGUUUACAGUUAUGUAUUGUACCUUUAAAAUGCUGUAUCGAUGCUAUUUAGCCAGUUUUGGUGCAUCUGUUUCGCAUAGGCCUAUAACACAUUAGAUAGGCCUUUUGUACAGGCCUCCCUCAAUCUGCUUAAUAUUGUCGACACAGUUUGCGUAUCAGCAUGUAUGUGGAGACUCUUUGUUGUCUUCCUAGUACCUCAGCCCACCAAACCGAGACCAUGUGCUCAAUCAAUCAAAAUGUCAUGUACCAUUUGUAUAAUGCUUGUUAUAUGUAUGGUUUGUACUUCAUCAACGAAUGUGAUUUUAUGUACUAAUAAUGCUUAAGAUUAUGACAAUAAUAAAAUUGUGAUAUUGAGGUUAAA